CCAUGGCGCACAAGCAUUUGAAGGGGGUGCGGUCAGCAAUGAAGUCGAGCCUCAAGAGGCAAUUCAAACAGGAGAAAGAAAAGAAGCGAUUAAAGGCGCAGCAAAAAACAAAAAAGGAGGCAGAUCCGAAGCGCAACCCCUACGCUGGACUGCGGAAAUGGCAGAUCAAGGCCCUGAAGGCAGAACAGCGUCAAGACGAUGUCGCGAAGGCCGCGAAGGCAGCAGCGGUGGCGCCCAAAGUUGCGCCGGCAAAAAAUCUCCCAGCACCGCAGUCGCAGAAGGAGAAGAAGUUGGCGAAGAAGGAAGCGCGUCUCCAUCUGCAGCAGAUGCGGAAGCACCGGGCACUGUACGAAGUGAAAGGCGCCCAUCGAGUGCUGCUGGUGGGCGAAGGCAAUUUCAGUUUCGCUCGUGCCCUUUGUGAAGUGCGGGGAUCAGGUGAAGGUAUAUAUGCAACUGGCUUCGAUGGUGAAGCAACCCUGAAACGGAAAUAUCCAGAUGCACUGGAAAUGCGAGGGAAAGUUGAGGAGAUGGGUGGCACUACUCUGCUGACCGUGGAUGCGACCAAGCUUCACAAAGUGAGAGAAUUCCGGGAUGCCUUUCGCAUCAUUUCUUGGAAUUUCCCUCAUCUGGGUGCUGGGGAGAAAGAUGUUGAGAAGAACAAUGAGCAGCACCGCAAGUUGCUGAGCUCCUUCUUCGCCUCGGCGCUACGCUGUUUGGACGAGCAGGGCCUGGUACAUGUGGCCAUGAAGCAGGGUGAGCCCUACAAGAGCUGGAAGAUCGUUCAACUGGCCAAGGCGGCCACGGAUGGAGCGUUGCACUUGCAAGGUGUGGUGCCCUUUUCCUUGGCGGCGUGGCCAGGCUAUGCACAUCGAAGAACCCGUGGAUUUCACGAGCGCUUUUCCAAACAGGAUAGCGAAGAAUUGGCGAAAGGUGCCAAGGUCUACAUCUUUGGUCGUGAUAGCAACGGAGAGGAAGAGUUGGAGGAGGACUAGAUUCCACGAUGGUCAAAAAAAA